UCCUUUUCCAACAAAUUAAUUUUCAUUUAUACAAAUACAGUAAAUUCAAAGAUCGUCGGCGAGAUUUUUCCGGCGAAGUUGCUUCAGCACGUAGCAAGUCCUAGAAGAUGAGGAGGCAGCUGAUGAUGUCGUGGCAGCGGUUCUGUACGCUUAUAAUGAUUUCUAGGCCCUUCGAAAAGCCAUUGUGGGAUAAGGCGAUGGCAGUUGCUGGACGAGUCACUAUAAUGGAAUAACUUUGAAAGCUACUUGUCCAGUGUGUUUGCAAGUUCUUAGCACACCACUUGAUUCUGAUCUGAAAAUGACACUGGCUGUACACAUGAGCUUGUGGCAUGAUGUUCAAUUGCAUUGGGAAAUGAUGCAAAACAAAGGAAGAUCAAUUGUUCACAUGCCUUCUUUCUGCUUUGACGCUGGGAUGGCUGCUGGAAUUGGUGCUCUGAUUGUUAUUAUUGUCAGAAGUCAUGCUCAAGCAUUUGGCAAUAAGAGUUUGGACAAGAGUGCACCACUAUUAGACAUGAUAGUGGAGGGACAAGAUCUGGAGAAGUUCUCAGUCUUCUAUCGAUUUGCAAAGUUUCAUGGUCGGGGGCAAUCCAGUGGUGUUGAGUCAUCUUCAACAGAUGCUGCUGCACGUAGCCAUAAACCUUUUCUGCAAAGAUACGUAACUGUGCUCCCAAUGCCUCAAAAUCUUCCUGAUAGGCGUUUUCUCUGGUCACUCGUGCUUCAGGCAAGGAAUGGUCACGCAUCAAGCCAGGCUUUGAAAUUUACAUGGUAUGAAUGGGAAGUAAUUUUUGACAGGUUUGACUUAACUUGAGAUAUUGAGCAUUUUAGGUCGAUCUCUAUCUCUAUUUUACUUAAAAUGACACUCCUGGAGAGUAUUUUGCUCAUUUUGCAUUCAAGCAAUGUGAAUUCAGUGAACUGUUUAUAACGCAAUUAACUGUUUAAUUUACUAGAAAUCAGGUUGCUGCAUGACUGCCUUUUUUAGAUGCGUGUGUUGGUGCCUUGAUAAUGUAUGAUUUAACCCCCCAAAGCAGGUUUUGGAAUAACUACUUGCCACCAGUCCAUAAAUAGGCGUUCACUUCAACAAGUUGGAUGGGCCAUGUUUGUAUGGGUUUAAAUUUAGUCUAAACGGUUAAUAAGGAAGUUCAUAUAAAAUUUUACUGUGUGUAAGUU